AUGACGAUCACCAGUGGAGGCUAUCCAAAGCGCAAAGCAAAGAGCACAAUCAAGUUCUGUACAAACUUGUGCGUUUUCUUCUUGUUAGCCAUUUCUCUACUCGGAAUGAUGGUUGGAAUUAUCGUACUUGGAACUAGCGAAAAACCAGAUCCUGAUUCACUCACCAAACUAGUCACAUGUAACGUCAAAGAAAUUGCUCCAAGAACAUGUACUACUUCUUGCACGCUCACUGUCUAUGUUCCUGUUUUAGGAAAGUCAGUUGUCACUGAGCCAUUUUCUUCGAGUGACAAGGCCUUCAGUUACACAUCAGGUCAAAGCAUUGAUUGCUAUGUCAAUCUGUACUAUGAAAAUUAUGAAAAUCAAAAAGUGAGCGUGAAUGAAGUUCAAACUAAUUUUUCUUAUGUAACCUCAGUAGUUGGAGGAGUCAUGAUUGGAUUUUCCUUUUUAUUAUUAGUAAUUACUUGUGGAUUGAGUUAUUAUUCUUGCGCCAUGUUGAUUAGACCUUAA